AUGAGUCGCAAAUCAUUGGAACGAGCGGAAUUUGUCGAAUUAGAGCGCGCACUGAAGGUUGGCGAAUUCGAUAUCGUAAGUAUGGAAAUUAAAAAUUCUAAUUAGCCUCACAAUUUCGAAUUUUUGGGACUAAUCCUAUAAUUUGGUGGAAAAUUUAUUUUCGCCAAAAUCCACGUGGCCAAAUUUUUUUUUGACACAAAAAUUUAUUUUUUUUGCCAGCUUUUUCCUAAAAAUAACAGAAAACAGUUUUCAGUCCCAAAAUUCCACAAUUUGGAAAAAUAACAUUUUUUCAGCCGAAUAUUCACGCCGCGAGAGCAGCAACCCAAGAGGAUAUGGAUGCUGAAGAAAAAGCAGCUCAAGAAAGAGCAGCAGCGCAAGAAAGAGCAGCAGCGCAGGAACUUCAACAGCUUCAACAGACAUCGGCUCCAGACACACACAAAGAAACCACAGUCUGA